AUGCGCCCCAAAGGGUUUCCUGUUUUCCUGGGACUCGCUGUCCUCCUCCAGUUGACCAGAGGGGAUUCCCCCGAAGAGGAACAGGGAGUUCGCUAUGCGAACCGUUGUGAAGCCUGCAAAAUCCUGGCCGCCGAACUGGAGGCGCGUCUUGGAGAAACUGGGAAAUCCCACGACGUUAUCGAAAUCGGAUACUCCGUGGACGAUGUGAAGCCCAAGAAGCGCACCGAGUACCGGCGUAGCGAACUGCGACUGCUGGAAUCUCUGGAGAACGUUUGCGAGCGCGUUCUGGAGUACAAUCUCCAUAAGGAACGCAGCGACAGCACGAGAUUCGCCAAGGGAAUGUCGCAGACCUUCCAAACCCUCCAUGGUCUUGUGGAUAAGGGCGUCAAAGUGGAUUUGGGAAUACCCUACGAGCUGUGGGAUAAGCCCCCAGUAGAGGUCACCCAAAUGAAGACACAGUGCGAAAAUCUAUUGGAGGAGUACGAGGAGACCAUCAGCGACUGGUACUUUAAGCACCAGGAUGAGAAGUCCCUGAAGAAACACCUCUGCGAAGAUAAUGUCCUCAAGAAAAAGGCCGAAAGGGAGUGUCUCAAGGAGCAACUUGCUCCACCAAAAGCGAAGAAGGAAAAACCUAAAGGCGAUAAGGAGGAGCUGUGAUCCCAAUCAAAAUAUCUUCAAGAAAUUCCUACCCUGUUAUUUUAUGAUAUUCAAAAAUUUAAUUUGUAUUACCUAUAGAUCAAAGCAGAAAGUGUUUAAGUAGCUUAAGUAAACUCACUAUGUCUCUCAAUUUUAUAUUUAAACCUUCCACAUCGACUGAACCACCAAAUGUUACUGAAAGUUUCGCCCGGGGCCAUUGGCUUAUUGAUUUUGGCCACGAAUUGGGGUCGACAAUUAAAAGUUGACUGCCCUCAAUGAGGUGGCCCCCCAACCACAUCCAGAAAUGCCAGGUGUUUACACGUUAUCAAAUUAAUAAAUGAGAUUUCGAGCAUUGGUUUUCCUUGCAUACCUGUGAAUUUGUAACAAAAACAUAGUAUUUACUUUUAGACAUAAAUAAAUACUUGCAUAAAA